AUGUCGUCCACUAGCGCCAGCCACCGGUGCAUGGCAUGCGGGGUGGAUCUGGAGCGUGGGGCGUAUUCGAAGCGCCAGUGGAGCAAGGGAAGCGGCUUUGGGCGGUGCACCGGGUGCGUGGCGGCCGGGCUGGCAUCCCCCACCGCCGUGCUCGACCACAUGGCACAGCGGGCGACACUCAAGGCCGCCGAGGCCGAGGCAGCCGCGCUCCGGACGGCUGGCUCGUCAGGCGUGGCGACCGAAAACCGCUCUGCAGACGAGGCCCAGGAGGCCGCCGACGUCCGCGCUGCUGUGGCAACCGCUCGCGCUGAGCAGCGUGCUGGCGGUGGCCACGUCGGCGCAUGA